AUGGAACCCACAAACCAAACAGUUGUUUCAGAAUUCCUUCUCCUGGGACUCACAAAUGACCCAGCACUGCAGCCCUUCAUCUUCAGCCUGUUCCUGUUCAUGUACCUGGUAACCAUCCUGGGAAAUCUGCUCAUUAUCCUGGCUGUCAGCUCUGACCCUCACCUCCACACCCCCAUGUACUUCUUCCUCUCCAACCUAUCCUUGGCUGACAUCUGUAUGGGCACAACCACCAUCCCAAAGAUGCUGGUGAACAUUCAAGCACAGGAUCAGAGCAUCAGUUACACAGACUGCCUCUCCCAGGUCUGCUUUGUCUUGAUUUUUGGUGGUUUAGAAAACUGUGUCCUUGCAGUAAUGGCCUAUGACCGCUAUGUGGCCAUUUGUCACCCCCUGAGGUACAUGGCAAUCAUGAACCCUUACCUCUGUGUCCUGCUGAUUCUAGUCUCCUUGCUCAUUAGCAUUGCAUUUGGUCUACUUCACACUCUGAUGAUCCUGCAGCUGUCCUUCUGCACAACCUUAGAGAUUCCUCACUUCUUCUGUGAUCUUGUUCAAGUCAUUGAUCUCGCCUGUUCUGAUACUCUGGUCAAUAAUCUCCUGAUAUAUUCAGUGGGUAACAUAUUUUUUGGUGUCCCUCUCUCAGGGAUUAUUUUCUCUUAUUCUCAAAUUGUCUCCUCUAUCUUGAGAAUGCCAUCAGGGGGUGGAAGAGCUAAAGUUUUUUCCACCUGUGGGUCUCACCUCUCAGUUGUGUCCUUAUUCUAUGGGACAGGUUUUGGAGUUUACCUCAGCUCUUCAGUUACUGACUCUUCCAUUAAGAAUGCAGUGGCUUCAGUGAUGUACAGCGUGGUCCCUCAAAUGCUGAACCCUUUUAUCUACAGUUUGAGGAACAGGGAAAUGAAGGGAGCCCUGAGACAUCUCAUUACUGGGAUACCUUUGCUGUGA